AUGAAGGAAGAACACAAGCUGCGCGGGUCUCAGACCGGAUGGCUGGAAUACAACAACCGCUGUUACUUCUUCGGAAAGUCCAAGACGUGGUCGCUGGCUGAGACCGAUUGUGUGUCCCGGGGAGGCCACCUGACAAGCGUAUUGGACCAACGGGAGGGGAAAUGGCUGAUGGAUCGCGUCACGAAUGCCAUGAAGAAUGCCAGAACCUGGAUUGGCCUGCGACGUGAGACCUCUGGCAGACGGUGGCAGUGGGCAGACGGAACCUUUUUCUCCUCCUCGUUCUGGGAUCGCGGUGAGCCAAACGACUCGGGUGGACAGGAAGACUGUGUUGAAAUGUAUCCCUCUGGUACUUGGAAUGACGUCCCAUGUAGCAUUGAUCAGGCCUACGUCUGCAAGCGUUCUGUCUGUCCCCUCACUCGAUUCUAUACUGUCACCUGUCCUACUCCUCUCUGCCCCGCUACGGCCAUGGCUGCCGCCACCUGUCCUACUCCUGCUCCCUGCCCCAUCUGUCCCACUACGGCCAAGCCUGCCACCUGUCCUACUCCUGCUCCCUGUCCCACUACGGCCAAGCCUGCCACCUGUCCUACUCCUGCUCCCUGUCCCACUACGGCCAAACCUGCCACCUGUCCUACUCCUGCUCCCUGUCCCACUACGGCCAAACCUGCCACCUGUCCUACUCCUGCUCCCUGUCCCACUACGGCCAAGCCUGCCACCUGUCCUACUCCUGCUCCCUGUCCCACUACGGCCAAGCCUGCCACCUGUCCUACUCCUGCUCCCUGUCCCACUACGGCCAAGGCUGCCACCUGUCCUACUCCUGCUCCCUGUCCCACUACGGCCAAGCCUGCCACCUGUCCAACUCCUGCUCCCUGUCCCACUGCCGCUACCACCAAGGCUGCCGCCACCUGUCCUACUCCUGCUCCCUGCCCCGUCUGUCCCACUACGGCCAAGCCUGCCACCUGUCCUGCCAGCCCUCCUCUGACCAACGGGGAGUUCCAGAUGUGCACGGGCUCCACCAAUGACUCGUGCCUGCUCGCCAUGAUCGCCAUCCCGAAGGGGGGAUUCCAAGAUGUGCUGGACGGUCUCAGCGUGGCCCGCAGCGUUGUCAUCAGAGGACGACCCAAUCCCCAAGCAAAGAGGCUGGUGGUCAACCUGGACGGACGCGACCCCAACGGCAAGAAGGCUACCACGGCGCUGCAACUAGAUUUGGACUUGGAGAGCCAAACCUUCACCCUCACCUACAGAGUGGGCGGCAAUUGGGGCGGCAAUCGGACCGGGGACCUUCCCCGCGGACGCCCCUUCGGAGCCGGUCUCCCCUUCAAGAUUGUCAUCGAGUGCGGGAGUGGCACUUUCCACCUGGACUUUAACGACGAGCUCCAGCUGGAUUUAGCAGGUCCUGAAUUUGAUAUUGGGAGCAUCAACUGGAUGGAGGUGUGGCAAGUGGCAAGUGAUGCUGAGGGGCAUCCAGCUUCUGUGACGGUCAACGCCGCUCCCGGGUUGGGCGUCGGCGUGGCAAUCGGCAUGGCAAUCGGCUCCGUUCCAACGUGUUUGUUUGUUUUUGCGCUGGCUUGCCACCGGUUGUUGUCGGCUUUUCAGAAGAGAUGUCUCAAAUAAUGUCACGGUACGAUAUUUUCACAGCAUCGUGUGGAAAAUGGCGAAUGAAGACACUUUCAUUGAAAACAAAUGUUCUCUUCUGAAGCGUCUAUAAAACAGUAUGACAAUCCAAAAGAUGAGUGUCAACUGUAUAUGAGGAAAUACAAUGAGUAUGUUUUCUGGUAUGUAUUGUAUUGAUUAUUUUGCAUUUGAUUGGCAUGUACAUGGGAGCCAUUGAACCUUCUAUACAUGACCUGUUGUCCGAGGACCUAUUUACAGUAAAAACAUACAGAUGCAUAAAGAAGAGUCGACUAAACAACAGAAACAUUCAAACAAAACAAUGGAUGUCCACAACAACCAAA